AUGGCCUUGUACUUACAGGGAGUUGUUCCCAAUAAUGCUGAUGGAUUUGAAAUCAAUUUCAAGACUGGGCAGUCCAGCAAUGGUGACAUUGCUUUCCACUUCAACCCUCGAAUGGACCAGAAGGUGGCCAUGAACAGUAUAAUAAAAGGAAGUUUGGGAACUGAGGAAAUUGUCUCUGACAACCCCUUUAAAAAGGGAGAAGCAUUUGAGAUGUUUACUGUUAUGAAAUCUGAAGGAUAUCAGGUUUAUGUGAAUGUCUUUCUGGCUUCAUACAAAACUGGACAGCAUCUGUAUUUCCUACAAAAGUUAGAACAAAAAUCACUACUCUGGGGCAGCUCACAAGGAGAUCUUUCCACCGUACAAUCAGAGAUCUUGCAGCCGGUCCAAAACCCUAACCUUCCUUAUGUGGCCCCAAUAUCAGGAGGACUGAGAGAAGGCAUGGCCUUGUACUUACAGGGAGUUGUUCCCAAUAAUGCUGAUGGAUUUGAAAUCAAUUUCAAGACUGGGCAGUCCAGCAAUGAUGACAUUGCUUUCCACUUCAACCCACGAAUGGACCAGAUAGUUGCCAUGAACAGUUUAAUAAAUGGAAGUUGGGGAACGGAGGAAAGUAUCUCUGACAAUCCCUUUAAAAAGGGAGAAGCAUUUGAGAUGUUUACUGUUAUGAAAUCUGAAGGAUAUCAGGUUUAUGUGAAUGGCAAAGAGCUGUACACAUUCAAGCACCGUAUACCACUGGAAAAAGUGUCAACAUUAAAUUUCAGUGGUGAUGUUGCUGUGAAUCUUUCUGGCUUCAUACAAAACUGGAAAACAUCGGUAUUUCCUACAGAAGUUAGAACAAAAAUCACUACUCUGGGCAGCUCACAUGAGGAUCUUUCCACCGUACAAUCAGAGAUCUUGCAGCCGGUCCAAAACCCUAACCUUCCCUAUGUCGCCCCAAUAUCAGGAGGACUGAGAGAAGGCAUGGCCUUGUACUUACAGGGAGCUGUUCCCACUAAUGCUGAUGGAUUUGAAAUCAAUUUCAAGACUGGGCAGUCCAGCAAUGAUGACAUUGCUUUCCACUUCAACCCACGAAUGGACCAGAUAGUUGCCAUGAACAGUUUAAUAAAUGGAAGUUGGGGAACUGAGGAAAGUAUCUCUGACAACCCCUUUAAAAAGGGUGAAGCAUUUGAGAUGUUUACUGUUAUGAAAUCUGAAGGAUAUCAGGUUUAUGUGAAUGGUAAAGAGCUGUACACAUUCAAGCACCGUAUACCACUGGAAAAAGUGUCAACAUUAAAUUUCAGUGGUGAUGUUGCUGUGAACCUUUCUGGCUUCAUACAAAACUGGAGAUCAUCUGUAUCUCCUACAAAAGUUAGAACAAAAAUCACUACUCUGGGCAGCUCACAUGAGGAUCUUUCCACCGUACAAUCAGAGAUCUUGCAGCCGGUCCAAAACCCUAACCUUCCUUAUGUGGCCCCAAUAUCAGGAGGACUGAGAGAAGGCAUGGCCUUGUACUUACAGGGAGUUGUUCCCACUAAUGCUGAUGGAUUUGAAAUCAAUUUCAAGACUGGGCAGUCCAGCAAUGAUGACAUUGCUUUCCACUUAAACCCUCGAAUGGACCAGAUAGUUGCAAUGAACAGUUUAAUAAAUGGAAGUUUGGGAACUGAGGAAAGUAUCUCUGACAAUCCCUUUAAAAGGGGAAAAGCAUUUGAGAUUUUCAUUGUUACAAAAUCUGAAGGAUAUCAGGUUUAUCUGAAUGGCAAAGAGCUGUACACAUUCAAGCACCGUAUACCACUGGAAAAAGUGUCAACAUUAAAUUUCAGUGGUGAUGUUGCUGUGAAUCUUUCUGGCUUCAUACAAAACUGGAAAACAUUGGUAUUUCCUACAGAAGUUAGAACAAAAAUCACUACUCUGGGGAGCUCACAUGAGGAUCUUUCCACCGUACAAUCAGAGAUCUUGCAGCCGGUCCAAAACCCUAACCUUCCCUAUGUGGCCCCAAUAUCAGGAGGGCUGAGAGAAGGCAUGGCCUUGUACUUACAGGGAGCUGUUCCCACUAAUGCUGAUGGAUUUGAAAUCAAUUUCAAGACUGGGCAGUCCAGCAAUGAUGACAUUGCUUUCCACUUCAACCCACGAAUGGACCAGAUAGUUGCCAUGAACAGUUUAAUAAAUGGAAGUUGGGGAACUGAGGAAAGUAUCUCUGACAAUCCCUUUAAAAAGGGAGAAGCAUUUGAGAUGUUUACUGUUGUCAAAUCUGAAGGAUAUCUGGUUUAUCUGAAUGGCAAAGAGCUGUACACAUUCAAGCACUGUAUACCACUGGAAAAAGUGUCAACAUUAAAUUUCAGUGGUGAUGUUGCUGUGAAUCUUUCUGGCUUCAUACAAAACUGGACAGCAUCUGUAUUUCCUACAGAAGUUAGAACAAAAAUCACUACUCUGGGGAGCUCACAUGAGGAUCUUUCUGCCGUACAAUCAGAGAUCUUGCAGCCGGUCCAAAAUCCUAUUCUUCCUUAUGUGGCCCCCAUUCCAGGAGGCCUGAGAGAAGGCAUGGCCUUGUAUGUGCAGGGAGUCAUUCCUACUAAUGCUAAACGAUUUUCAGUAAAUUUCACGACUGGGCCUACUGACAAGAAUGACAUUGCUCUCCACUUCAACCCUCGAAUGGGCUCGAAGGUGGUCAUGAACAGCUUCAGGAAUGGGAGAUGGGGAGCCGAGGAAAGUGUCUCUGACAACCCCUUUAAAAAGGGAGAAGCUUUUGAGAUGUUCUUUGUCAUCAAAUCUGAAGGAUUUCAGAUACGUGUAAAAGGCCAACAGCACAGCAUGUUCAAGCACCGCAUCCCUCUGGAAAAAGUAACUACAAUCAACAUUUAUGGAAAUGUCUCCAUCACCUUCCUUGGUUUUGUCAUGGACAUGUGAAUAGGAGCAUUUCCGUGACUCCCACUCUAUCAAAGCACUCUCAGAGAACAAUGAACAAUGUAAAACGUCAUCCUGAUAUUCACACUUUUACAUUUAUGCAUUUAGCAGAUGCUGUUAUCCAAAACCACUUACAAUUGAAACACCAAGUAUAUCACUGAUUUCAAUCUUAUCCAUUACCACAAAUCGGGGUUACUGCUAAAUAAAAAGCCAAGUAAAUAAAUAAAACCAAUUAAACACAGCCUUUGGGUCACAAUACAAACACAAAGACUCCAUACGGAUAUAUAGACAUAUGUAAUGCAUUUUAAAUUUAUAGCAUGGUGUUACUUUGAAACAUAAGCAAACUGAAGUCUAAUAGUAAUGUGAAGUGAUUUUGAUUGCGUGACUCUUUUUGGCAAACCACUAAAAGUAAACUUUGAGAUUUACAGAGAAUACAACAGUAAAACUAAAGCUUUUCAGUUCAUUUUUAAACGUUUAUUUUUAUUUUUUUAAUACCAAAGGCAAAGAUGACUGAGUUAGUUUAAACAGUUGAGUUAGUAGAAACAGAUUUCACAAUCAAUCUAGCAAAAGAAAAUAUAUUCAACGUGUGUCUGUUUUUUCAUAAACGGCCACAUUGUGGAGCUCUUUCUACAGCAUUACAGCCAGUGACAUGUACACACUUGUCAUCAGUCGGCCUUUGUCUGAAAGCAGUUAUGAAAAAUUAAUACAAUGUGCUUAUUGUUAUCAUUACCCACUUUAACUACUGUAUCACUACCAAAAUACAAAUAAAGAAUAAUU